CAGCAAGCUGGAGCUGUCUACCACUACGGAGUAUCGAGAGAAGAGAGCUGGCUGAUUUAUGAGUGCUCCAUAUGAGAUACAAAGUGCUGCUGCUGCCGCUGCCGACAGGAUAUUCGGGACCCGCUGCUAUUCCCGAAUUUUGAGACUGCCUGCCGAGCCCGGAGCCGCUGCGAUAUUAAUAUCCUACAUACUCCACAGGAUCUAGGCCCUCAUACACUUGCCUGGAUGCAUCUGCAAGAACCUCCUGUCCAUCUCCCCCUUAUCCCCUUGCCACCUAGAUCUGGAAGAGCGUGGCUUUGAAUAUUGGAGCUGUGCAUCCCCUAGUCCGCCUUUGUCAAUCUCUACUAGCACAUGCUCCCUCCCUGAUUGCAGCAUCAACAUACAAAAGUCCUUCCUUAGUCUCUCAUUUCAUCUAUAUAUUGUUGUUUCUGUCGCUAUCUUUGCAAUUCCCAUGCUAUGGUGUAUUGUCAUUUGACGCAGUGAAUCCGUUCUUGUAUCCUUUGACAGCGUCCCUUACCACCUUUUUACCCCUCCUCUCCCUUCUCUCUUCUGCUUCUAUCUCGGUAAGAUACUAAGUACCCGGCAUAUCUCGAGGAACACCUGGCAGCGACUGGGCAAAGGCACUCAUAUCAAGCAAAAACUUCGCACCCGGUUAACCGAUACACCUGCAACUGUAACACACAGCAAUGGCUCCCCAGGAAGAACUUGAUGGCCCAGAUUCCAUAUCCGAGGGCGAUUUGGAAUUCUAUCGAGAUGCACUCGAAUUCCCCCAUGAACUCGAUGAUUCUAUUCAACGGCCUUUGUCCUCGCGUUCCGUCGUUAGGACCCCAAGCUCUAAAUACAGAGAUAAAACUAUCAUCAAGACGCUCGAUGAUGUAACACCACAACCCCAGGUCCUAGAAGAAGGAGUGAAUGAAGCCAGCGACGAUGUCAAUAAGACAAACAUAAGCGAACCCAGCGAGCUGCCUAGAGAGGAAGAUUUGGCCGACGAGCAAUCAAUCAGCUCCCAGAUUUGUGUCUCCCCUUCGUGGUCUAGAGCUGCUGACAAGAAAAGAAGGAAAAAAGACCAAAAACGACAAGAACAGGAUCAACGAGACUUGGAACGAAAAUUGGAGCACGAAUCGAAGAAACAGCAUAGCGGAACUUCUCGGAGAGAACCUAGGAAGCUGACCAAGCGGCCUCCACCAGCCACUUCUAGCAGGGCCUCCAGCGCCAAUAGUCGUAUGCAGCGCCCAUCAACUGCAUCUUCUUUUAGGUCGCUCUGGUCAAACAGAUCCUCUAGAGCCAGCUCAGUUCAGGGAUCUGAUACUGAUGGCCAGAAGCGGCUUUCUUUUUUGGACUCUUUCAAAAAGGUGCAAAAAGGCGGAGGAGCUUGGCGUCCGCGGAUGUGGUCGAAGAAAUUCAAAGCCAGAAACGCUGUGCCACAGAGAAGUCACGUAUCUGAUUCUGAAGCGCAGCUGGAAAGUGCCCCUAGACAUUCUUUACACACUGUCAAGAAACAUGGGGACCUCCGUUCUAUAGCCAGGUCACACUCCAAUGAGGAUGGUGAUGACCAGAUUACAAGUCCAGUUGUUCAAGCCGAGAAGCCAGGCCACUACCCUGAGGGUUUCCGUGAAUGCCACGAUGGCAAGGCUGACGCUUGUGAACGAAUAUUACAGGGAAGGCCGUCCCAACCCGGGAAUGGCCAGUCAGCCCAGAAAGGUCAGGGCCAGAGCUCUCCACCAUUCAGAGGGGUUGUUAUCGGGCCCAGUAGUAGUAAGAAACGGUCGGCCCGUGCCCCUAUCGCAAAUAACAUCGAAUCACCAGGUCCAAUCUCCCCGUCAAGGAUACCGUUUGCUUCCUCGUUCAAAAGCCCCGUGGCCGAGACCCUUAGAGACGAUAUCGGCAGCGCUUCUAUGGACCAAUCAUUUUUUGUAAAAAUUCCAAAAAACCCAACUCACGAUUUUGACAGGUCUAGAGAAAAUGCUGGCCAAACGCCUAAGAAGGAAGAGCAGGUGUCGCUUCAACCGCGGUCUCCCAAUAUAUCUAAGAAAAUCAACCGCAAUUUUGAUUUUCGUGCCUCUCCAAGAGCUGAUGCCAAGAAGCCUAGGGAGUUGUUUGAGGUUGUAGACCUUCCUCGUGAUAAUGACCCAGUAAUGGAGUCGAAUAACCAACCUGGUAUCCAUGAUAAACCUACAACUGAGGCACAAGAUUCCUCCUGCACUUCCGAUACAGCCGUUAUUGUCGAUGGCAUGCCCGUAGCUAGUUCAGAUUCCAAUAAUUACGAUAAUAAAACGAAGACGACCGUUAAUUUCAGCCGAACAGCGCGGCUGCGGCCAUCUCCGUUAUCAGGGCCUCCCCUCUUCAGCCCAGAACCCAAGGGUUCAGCAGCGUGCAACGGCAAUACUGAUCCAAUUUGUGCUGGAAUUGCACUUCAGCCAAUGGUCACUUCGCCAACUGGACAAGGGCGCCAACUUGCCGCCGAAUCAAUUCCAGCUGGAACCCGUCACCUUUCUCUUGACCGUUUUCUGAGACCUAGUAGGGCGAAGAAGGCAGCCAUAAAUGAGAUAGAUACCCCUCCUGCUAAGCAAGCAGUGCUUGAUUUUAAUGCAGGAACUACAAAUGACACGAAAAUUCCAGGUAAAGGUCAUUCAGACGAUCAGACUUCUACAAAUGUGGCAUCUAAGUCUGAUGGCAAGUCCAAAUCAAAAGUCAUUGACAGCGCACAAGAAGGCUCCCUCUCGCUUGGGAAUGGCGAGCAGAAAUUAACUGCUAAUGAUGGAAAUACGGCAAGGCCACGCCGUAAUUCGAUUGAUAUCAUCCAUAAGUUACGUCCGUCACUGGGCAAGACCGAGGCGAAGCUUAAAAAAAAGAGACCGAAUUCGACUGGGGUCGGUUCGAUCUCCACCUCAGUUGAGAAACCGCCGUCUAGUCACGCCAGUGGUCCAGUUGCUCCAAACUUUCCUCUUCCUUCUCCUGAAAACACAAGUCCGGGCCAUCCCUCUUCCCCUACCAGUAUAUCAGCUCUUAGGAGUAUGAAGGAAGAAGGAAAUAGCUACUUUACUAAGCCGGUAGGCAAGCCAUGGCUUGGGUCAGAUCAAAUUUCGAGCUCUUCUAGCUUGCUUGGAUUUUCCAGUGUGAGCCCCGGCUCAUCCAGAGGCAACCGCCCUACUAAUUCAUGCCAGCGUAUUGCGAAAAUGUUUGUAAUAUGCUGCAAAUGCAAGUUCUGGCAUGAUAUGCCAUCAGAUGCCUAUGCUAAGCUUGCGUUCCCUACUGUUGCGGCAUUGAAGAAUAAAUUGGUAACAGGGCCUACCCAAAGCUCUAGACACUCGGAGGAAGAUGGAGGUGUACGGUGGCCAAGUAUCUCAGAACCCUCCAGUCCACAGCUAAAUAAGAUGGAUGAUGAGACUAGGACCAGCAUCAAUUUGAUGGGCACUGGGAAUCGUGGUAGUAGGCAAAGCACAAACACGAUGAGCAGUGGCACAAUAUCCCCUCCAUCUGCCUUCUCCCGCUUCUCAUUCCUCAACCAGUCGGUCAUUAAGUGCUGUUGGUGUGAGCACAGAAUGUCCCGAACAUGCUGUGCAGGGUGGACCGCGCUUGUCCAGCUACGGGAGCGUCACCACUAAGUAGCUCCGGAGAAAAAAAAAUAUCCUCUGAGCAGAGAAAUCGCUUUUUCUUUGCUGGUCAUUCAAUUACGAUAUAUUUGAUCGACUACAUAACUGACGGAAGAAGAAAAGCUGAAAAGAGAGUAUCACCUUUAAGGACCCUGAUGAUAACUAUACCUACUGAUCACGCAUUACUCCUUUCUAUGGGGCUCGGUACUUUUUUCUUUUCUCUCGCUUUGAUAUUUACUUCAUGAUGAAAUGAUGAUGGACUGAAUUGAUUGUAAUUGUUUAGAAUUGCUUUGGAUCUUAUAACGUUUUAGUUGGCGCGGAUUUAUUGCUAUGCAUUUUGAUUUCGGGCUUAUCCGCUUGUAUUGACUAUUUUGAUUCCUGAUAAUUUCCACCUGACGAUAUUGUUGAAUUUAAUAACGUGAUAUAAAAGUACGAUAGAGCUGUCCCGAAACGGCCCCAUUUCCUGUCUGUUUCGCUGGUUAUUGCCAUAGUCAAAUAUAUUUGAAAUAUACAGGCUGAAAUCAAAUGAGAUCGAUUCAGCUGUAUUUCAAUAAGGAGUUAACAUCUGCACGUCUGAAA